GGCCCAAUCUCUCUGGACCCUUGAGAGGCCAGGCACCCCCUAAUGUAACCUUACACCGCAGUGGAGAAAUAACAGAAACACGGGUUAAGCAUGAACCCCACUUCCCCAGCUAUGAUUUUUUGCCCCCACUCAUUGUCGAAAGAGGGCAUGAGGAUAUUUCCCUUCACCAUAACACUGACUGCGAUUAUAUGGUUGGUCGGAUAGUGAAUCAUAACAAUCUCCAUUACUUGGAAAGCAAAUGGCAGAUGUUCAAUCCCACCCAUUCCAAUGGACAUGCUAGAGGUAAUUUUUAUGAACAUUCAAGGGGACAUUCUAAUGAAUGCUCAAGAGGAUGUUCUAGGGGUGGCUCUAGUAUACGGUCUAGGGGUGGCUCUAGUGGACAUUCUAGGGGUGGGUCUAGUAGACGUUCUAGGGGUGGGUCUAGUGGACAUUCUAGGGGUGGGUCUAGUGGACGUUCUAGGGCCCAUUCCAGCAGGUCUCCCAGGCUGAACUUCCAGACUAAGCAUGUCAAUCAUUCUCAAACUACGACCAACAGUUCUCCAGACAUUCAGAACGCCAACAUCACUCCAACUAUUCCUGUGGUCAACAACGAACACAGUGUAACAACAUUAGGACGAAGAGCAGGUCCUGUGAGAGAUUCUACAUCACUUGUGGAACUCCCUUCCACGGGAGGUACAGAAUCUGGUGUUGUUGACUUUAAAGCAGCCCAGGUAACAAAUGCAGACCCCCAUGGUAUACUAGGACAUAGUGUUCCUUCUCAAGCCAUAACACAACAAACCGAUAAUCUUCCUGGCAAUGCUGCUCUGGUUUCUCACACCCAGACCUCUGCCACCCCUGAACAGCAACAUGAUCCCUCUCCUUCUCCCAAUCCUCUCACUGAGACACCUCAGAACAAACCUCCUCAUAAACAUAAGAUCUCACUUAAUGAAAUACAGGACUGGCUCCAGAGUGUUUUAAGAUCUAAAAAUGGACCCGUAAAUGGGAACAACUCAACACAAGACCCCUCUCAGUCCCAACAAUCCAGCACAGAGAAGAUGGAUGUUUUACAAGCAGGCAAAACGCACCGGCAUCUAAACACCAAAGACGACCAGGCGAGGCCCCCUAAGUGGUUUAGUGCUGUGGACUCCACUGUACGGCUAGAGAUUAAGUCCACCCCCAGGUGUAUGACCCUGACGGCAGUCGCCACCGCUCCGCCCCCCGUGGCUAUCGUCCCUCCAAUGGGUCUACAGAAGUCCCCAGAGCCCAUGGAGACAGAGAAUGCAGGCAAUGAGGUGCCAUUUAAGAUUUUACAGGCCUGGUCCAUUACCGAACAACAGGCGGAAAGCCUGUGGGAAAGAGCUAAAGAUGAUGCAAGUUCUCGAUCUGUCCUAAAUGAGACUGUUCAAGUUGAGAGUGUUAUGGAGUGUGAUAAGCCAGUAGAUGCAUGUGCAACAAGUUCACUGGCAUCUACUGGAGAGGACAAUGAUGAGGUCCUUCAGGUCAAUCCACAGAUGGACAAGAGUUCACCUUCACCAUUUGUCCACACCAACCCUCAGGCAACUGAUAUUGUACGCAUUUGUGGUACCCAGACAAUUGUGGACGUUAGCUCUAAUGGCGCAGAUGAGAGAACUCUUGAUUUGUCCACAAUUGAUGAAGUUCAGUUCAAAUUAAGUACGCUGCAGCAACUGGUUAAUUAUCUGGAGAGUGCAGCAACAAUCACAGAGGCAAAGGAUGGUUGUCUAGAGGCCAUAUUGGAGAUGUAUUGGGGUGGGGAUACCUCUAACCUGUUAAAAGCUUUAAAAGAUAAAAGGGAUGAGGAAAUCAUGCAGGAUGUGACUGCCUGGGCCACAGAGGAUGAGAAGGCAGUGGUUUUCUUUGCAGUCAAUGGUAUAUCACUGGGGGAAGUCGUCAAGAACUUUCCCAUUCCAGCACAUGUUGACAGCUCUUCCCAAGUGGGUUACAGGUCAUCAUGGUUAAAUGUCAACGAGAAGCUGUAUGACAUAGACAAAGAAUCUGGAAGAGCUUGGUCUCUGUGGUUUAUACCAGAUAAAGCAGAGGAGAGUUCCAAAGUGGUUGGGGGAGUAAAAAUGGAUGACACCUUCCACAGCAAGAUGGAGUCUGUGGACUUGCCUGCACGACAACCUGUUGAAGCAGAAGCAACAGACUCAGACCUCGCAACAAACACAGCCCUCAUGAUGGACGCAGACCCCCCAACAGACACAGACCUCCCAAAAGACGCAGACUCAGAGACAGAACCCCCUUCCCCAAUGAUUUUGACCGUCCUCACAUCAGAGGAUGCUGUGAGACUGUUUUGCCAGAUCGAAAAUGGCACUGACCUCCAACUCGGGUCCCAUGAACCAUGCUCUGAAAACAAAGAUAAGACCCAGACAAAGCAACUAGAGAAUAUAGUCUGUGGCAGCUUAGAUAAGUCCUGCUACUGUCCUUGUAUUAUUGAAACUGACAAUGGGUUUGAAAUUGGCCUAUGUUCCAGUUGUCAGAGAGAGAAAGGAUUGCAGCAAGCUACAAGCUGCAUAACAAUCGCUCACUGCUUUACCUUGUCAGAUACAAAUGACAAUUCAGAUCAGGAGACAGAAGAGGUCCCUAAGGACUCUGGGGGGAAGGCAACUGUGGACAAUCAAUGCAGAGACAUGAAGCAGAUACAAUCAACUGAAGAAGAGGGUGAUGACAAUCAAUCCAGUGACAAUAAAACAGAGGGAGAAAUGCAGCAAUGUACAACCGUCGUACCGAUCACUGACUUUUUUCUCUGGUCAGAUACAAGUGAGGAUUCAGAUCAGGAGACAGAGGAGACCCCUAAUGAACAACAUGCUCAGAUUGAGGCUCAUGCUUCUAAUGUUAAAAGGACAGAGCCUGAAACUGAUGCCAAAGCACCAUGUGAGUCAGCCCAAGAACAUACUACCCAAAGCAAAGUCAGUCCUGGUUCUGAUGAUAGGGAAAGACGGCAAGAGAAGGACCAAGACUGUAGGACGAGUACAUCACCACUUCGCAAGGUUGAGAACCCCUCUAAGUUAAGAGCUGACUUUGUUUCUGACUUUGUCACCCAAUACAAAACCUGCAAGUCAAAGAAAAAAAUAUAUGUAUAUGUAGAACAGGAGAAAACCCUCCAUCCAACGUUACCUGAUAGACAAAAGCCCAGGAAAAGCAAUGGGAGAGCAGAGAGGGGACGGUCACCAUCCCAACCCCCUAAGAGCGCUGGGGUGAAGGCAACUGUGAAUAAUCAACGCAGGGACAAGAAGCCACAUGCGUCGCACAAGAGAAGACAUUCGACUGAGAGUGAUGAAAAUCGAUGCAAAGACAAGAAGAAGGCAUCAUCAACUGAAAAAGGGUGUGAGGGCAGUCAAUCCAGGGACAAGAAGCCACCGAAGAGGAGACAUUCAACUGAGAAAGAGAGUGAGAAUAAUCAAAGUAGGGACAAGAAGAGGAGACCUUCAAUUGAAAAUGUGGGUGAGGGCAGUCAAUCUAGGGACAAGAUGUCACAGAAGAGGAGAACUUCAACUGAAACUGAAGGCAGGAACUUUGGUGACUCCAAAAAGUUGCAGUGCCAGUUGGUGGAAAGAGAGAGGGACAGCUGCAGUGGAAACGCACCGCUGUGCCCUGGGGUGAAAACCCUCCAUGUGCAGGGAUCCUCAAGUACCACCGUUUCUCUCAAACUCUCCAUAAACGUCCCCAAAAAGCCUUCCACAAACAGCUCACCCUCCAAACAUACUGAGGAAGUCCCCAAAAGGACAAUGGAACAGCCAAAGACUAAAGCCCUGAACCAAACUAGCAGACACCGCUCCCCUGCAAAGUCAGUGUCUCCUGUUGUCAAAGAGAGGCAGAGGAACGGCGUCAAACACAAGCAAAAAAUUAAACACCUAACAGUCAGAUUGGAAAAGCUGUCCUUAUCCAAACAUCUUGUCAGGAAAGGUUCUCCACCAAGCCUGAAGACAGAGGAAGGUUCCCCACCAAGGCAGAAGAGGGUGGAGGAUAGAGGAGACCCUGGGGGUUUAGGGGUAAAGGUUUCUAAGAAUCCUGACUCGUCCAUGAAACUUAAACAUAAACAGAAGUUGACAAAGAUUCUGGAGGUGUUGAAUAGGAAUGAGAAAGGAAGGAUUUCAAAAAGCGAGUGUGAGAAUGACUCGCCGCCCCUCAAGCCAAAGCUGCCAAGGAUUCCCACGCUUCUGAGGACUCCAGAGGUUUCAAAGGAUGGGAAUGAGGGAGAGAACAGAGAAGAGACAUCUCCCAGUUCUUCACCUGAAUCACAAACGCUGAACAAACCUGCAAGAGUGGCACACAAGCUGAAACCUUUUAUCAAGCCUACCAGUUCCAAUGUUUAUAGCCAAGGUAGUCAUGUUUGCCCUAAUCCGGCCAGGGUAUCUCCACCACAUGGCAAAGGACAUUUUGGGGCAAAAGUCUCAGUGAGGCAGAAGGUGUUCUCUGAUUGGGAGAGCAGCUUUUUCCCGACUCCAACCCCCCGGAUUCACAGACGAUCAGGGUGUCCUCCAGAGGAAGUGGAAGCUCCACAGGCCAGUCCCAGGUCCAGCUCGGAGACCAGGAUCAUCCGACUCAUUCUACAACGUGUCGAUGCUCCGCCAAAACCGAAGCGGAACAUCAGCUUUGCUUUGAAUCCAAGGAAGGUGCACUACUUCAAGCCCCUUGAAUAUGAAAAUGACGUCAUGUUCAACAGGUCUUACAUGGAUGCUGAAGAUGCACAGCGUUCUGACGAGGAAGAGGAAGAUUCUCCUGUGAACUACCAGAACACGAAGGAACAGCCCCCUAUUAGGGAAGAGAAGCGACAAGAUAUAGGGGAGCUGAAGCCUGGACCAAGCGGUGCAUGUGAAAAGAGCUUCAAAAAGAAGCGUGAAAUGCAUGAGCCUGCUGCCAUUUUGAUGAAGAAGAGCGUUGUUCAGGCAAACCAUUUGGAUGAAGUCUCUCCUUCAUGAACCUCCAAAAGACUCCAGAAACUCAGCAAAAAUAAUUGGAAUUGGUUACAAGUGGUCAGAGAAGCAGAAGAAGAGGCCAAAUGAAAUUGAAGGUUCCUGUAAUGAUGUCAUGUCAUGGUAUUGUGUGGACCAGGGGAGAGUUAGUAGGUAAGUGGUUUGGUGCCACAGUCUGCAUUCCUUAUGUCAGAGUAGAUUACUGAUGUUGAUCUUAGAAUAAUUGAUGGACAGGAUAUAGUGACAGGGGUAAAUGGUAAUAACAUAAAAGAAAGGGAGUGCCCAUGGAGGUUUACCAGAUGUUUGUGAAGAAACUUGUAACAGAGUGUAUAUAAGCUGAAGGAUCUCUUUGUUAUGGAGUUGGAAGAUGGCAGAGGCAGGGAUAUGUCCUCCUUCUGUUAUAACUAACCAUGGUACCAUAUUACAUAUCUUAUAUGAACUCCCCAGCUAAGUGUCUAAAUCUAUUCUUACAUUCUUAAGUACUUGUUACCCUAGAAACUCAUCAUAACAGAUUGGCGUCUAAAUGAACAGGAUGUAGUUAACAGCCAAACUAACAGGUAAGCAGACUUUCAUUUUUUUGAUUAUGUCAAAUUUUGCUUAUCUGUGGUAAGGCUUAGCUUUAACGAACAUUUAAGCAAUAUUUUAAAAGGGGACGAUGAGUGGUAUUGAGUUAUGUAAGAGAUGUAAGGAGAAAUAUAAAAUAGGACUAUGACAUGGUGUUAUGAUUCAAAAAUAGGGUAUGGUCGAAGUAAGGAGUAAAAGCAACAGAAGUUCAAAUGAGUGGGCGCAGGGCACCCUUGAUGUAAGAUACAUCAUAAAGAGAGUGGGCAGGGCACCCUUAAUGUACAGUACAUUAUAAAGAGAGUGGGUUUUUAGUCCCGUAGUGUGUAAGACAUUAUAAAAUAAGUAGGUUACGGACCUUUGAUGUGGUAAAUCGUCAUAAACAGAAGGGAGAAUUAAUCCCUUUUUAAUUACUCAGAACGCCCAGGAGAUGGAGCCAAUGCAAUGUAACAUAUUGAAUCAUAGCACCAAAACGACAAAUAGGAACUAAAUUUUAAUACAGAUCAGGAUGGGGAUUUUAUUUAAGUGUUUAAUUACUAAUAUUGCAUGAACUAAUAGCAGUAAUGAAUGUCCAUCUUAGUAGACCGUUAUCGGAAGAAAAAAAAACUGUCACUAUUAAAAGUAAAGCAGAGUUUCAUUUAACUCGAAGAGAGAAACAGGAAAUAAAGAAAUUAUUACAGGCAAAUCCGCAGUUAGAAUAAGUAUUUUGUAAAAGUAAUGUAAAGUUAAGUAAUUGAAUGGGACAACAUCGGCUAUCUCAUGAACAAGAGCAGAAGUUAAUUUAAUCUGAGGGGUGCAUAAUAAGUUCUAAAAAUGGGUAUAAUAAUUUGAUAUAAGUUUGGAUAAGAAGUUACAAUAUAUAACAUAAUUAAGUCAUUGAAUAUCAAGGAGUGGUAUGGAGAUUGUGAGGUUAUUUUAGAGAGUAGUGGAAAGGUUUGUAUUUUCUGGACAGGCAGGGCAGUGUCCUGAAAUUACAGUCUAUUUUUUUGGUCCGCUGGGAAAAUGUUUGAAGAAGUGAUUUGAGUCCAUUAAGAAUGGUUAAAAACACCACAAACGGAUUAUUUGAUGUGAGUACCUAGAAGUUUCUAACGUUAUAUAUGUAC